UCAAAGAGGCGGGGCUACGUCACCAUACCGGAUGUUGAUACAGGCUGCGGGAACAGCUGAGGCAGAAAACAACGGAUCUACCGCGAUACUGCUGCUUGUACAGACAAAGAGAGAGAGAGAGAAAGGCAAAACAGAAGAAAAAUAAAGGGAAUAGGGUCGAGAAACUAGUUAGAAUAAUUAUACGUCGGAAAAUAUCAAUUCUGUGUGAAGUGAGGGCAUAGAAGCCCGGCAAAACCCGUCGGAAGGGACAUUCGGGCCCAUCUACAUUGACGCGGUCGUUGCUGAAGCCUGACUGCUGCCUUUAGCUUUGCGGCUCCACAGACCUGUAAAGGCAGUGCAUUCUGAUACACGGGCUCCAGUCUGGGUACCCUAUAGGAAGGUCGGUCCCAGUUGACGACGGCACCAUGGGGCGGAUUUUCCUGGACCACAUUGGAGGGACGCGCCUCUUCUCAUGCGCCAACUGCGACACCAUCCUCACCAACCGCUCGGAGCUCAUCUCCACACGCUUCACCGGAGCCACCGGCCGCGCCUUCCUCUUCAACAAGGUGGUGAACCUGCAGUACAGCGAGGUGCAGGACCGCGUGAUGCUGACGGGCAGACACAUGGUGCGUGAUGUCAGCUGUAAGAAUUGCAACAGUAAGCUGGGCUGGAUCUACGAAUUUGCAACCGAGGACAGCCAGCGCUACAAGGAGGGCCGCGUCAUCCUGGAGAGGGCGCUAGUCAGGGAGAGCGAGGGCUUCGAAGAGCACGUUCCCUCCGAUAACUCCUGAGUCUGCCCCCGCCCCCGUCAACAUCCAGAGAACUCAUCUUCCCAUACUCCCUGCUGGAUCUUGCAGUGUUGCUUCUUGCUGACAGCCCCAACAUCCUGUCACUCAGAGACUCCAAUGGGUUUACCUUCGAACCACCUAACACCUGGCCUAUCAUACCCACUAUGGCAUUCAACAAACAAACAAAGAUACUCAUAUAGGAUUUAUUUUAUGCUCUUUCAUUUUAAUUCUAAAACGUUUUCAUGAUAUAGUCGCUGUGAAGACAAAGUUGAUUUUAACGUUUUCAUGAUUUACCGUGAACUGGAAAGGAGUGUGUGUGUAUGUAUACUCUCUUGCCUUUUUUUUCUUUUUGGACUGAUUGUUUAUUUUGAAGUUUUGAAAUGCGUGCAUGCAAAGGCCAGACUGCUUAAUGUAUAAUAAUUUCAGCACAAUUAUACUUCCGGAAGGUUCACUUCCUUCCCGGAGUCUUUUUCACGAGAACCCAUUGACGGAGGCCUACGCACCUGACAGGAACACAACACUGGAUCACACACAGGAAGGCAUGCUGUGGCACACUGGACACAGCACACAGCUGCACACACACACACACACACACACACACACACUUUUACAGCAGUCUGCCCCAAAGUGCUUGUGUGGAUAUGUUCGCCCCACACAUUGGCUUGCAGAGACAGAAUGUACAUGUAGCCAUCCAGACCAAGGGAAAGGUUUCAAGGCUUUGGGUGUGUUGCCGUUCACUCAAGCUAUCUUACAGUAGUCUGGGUAGCAGAGUAAAAGGGACACAUUUCAAAGUACAAAGCGAGACUGGAGGAGCUUGAGGUUUUUGUGUAUGCAGGCCUGGCAUGGUUGUCAUGGUUCCCUUUCACUGUUUGCUCUAUGAAGUUAUGCACUGGGCUAGCAAACACCACUGCUCUUCUUCUGUGGUUGACGCUAGUAACUGUUCUCAGUUCAGUCUGUGGAAGAUGUCCUGCUUGCCAUAACAAUAUCGUGAGGUAUCCGUGCUCCCUGUUUACUCUACACGCACACCUUUACUCUCUGCUGACAGGCCAUGCCAGGGGAUACUUUCGAUCCAUUAUAUGAAAGAAAGUAUUGGCUAAGGGGACUGGGACUGGUCCAUCUUGCAGGACACAGAGCUGUCCUACUUCCGUGCAGACUACAUUACCCAUAAUCGCAUUGUACAAACAUUGUGAAGUUGGGAAAAUUAAAAAAUGGAUGCUUGUAAUGUUACUGUGUUCUUAUUAUUGAUAUGCUAUAAUUGUUAGUGUGUUCAUUGUUCUCAAUAUUAUUACUGUCAUUUAGCCUUUCUUUCUUUUGGGUAAAAUUUAAGCCAAGGAUGUUUUUUCUUUGCGGAGUGAUCUUCUGUAGUGGUGAGUUAUCAAUAAAAAGAAUUUUGCUAA